AUGGCCUUUGGACUUACUAACGCCCCCGCCACUUUUCAGCGACUUAUGGAGCGCUGCAUGGGUGAACUCAAUCUCAAAGAAUGUCUCAUUUAUCUUGAUGAUGUAAUUAUUUUCAGUGAUACUGUUGAAAAGCACUUUGAGAGGUUAGCAGCAGUGUUUUCCAGACUUGAGCAUUAUGGCCUUAAACUUAAGGGUUCCAAGUGUGAAUUUUUUCAGCUCGAGGUGAAAUAUUUGGGCCAUGUGGUCAGUGCAGAUGGCGUUCGAACAGAUCCUGAGAAGACUAGUGUCCUGAAAGAUUGGCCUAUUCCAAAGUCCAUUAAAGAUCUUCGUUCUUUCCUGGGUUUUGCAGGGUAUUACCGUCGAUUUGUCAAUGGCUUUUCACAGAUCACUAAACCUUUGAAUGACUUACUUGUUGGUCACUCAACCAACAAGAAGGCUAAGUCAACAAAACUAGCUGCUCCUUGUAAUUGGGGUCCAAGUCAGCAAGAAGCUUUUGAAACUAUUAUUAGAAAGUUGACUUCAGCUCCCACAUUGACAUAUGCAGAUUAUUCUAAGCCCUUUAUCCUUAACAUCGAUGCAAGUUGUGUUGGCUUAGGAGCGGUCUUGUAUCAGGAAGUCGAGGGAAAAAAGAAAGUGGUAGCCUAUGCCAGUCGUGGACUUCGACCUAGUGAACGCAAUUAUCUCGCUCACAAGCUUGAGUUCCUUUCUUUGAAGUGGGCUGUGUAUCGUUUCGGCAAGCAGAAUGUUGAUGCUGAUAUUUUAUCAAGGUUACCAGAAAGUGUUCAGAUUGAUAGUGGUGUGAAUCGUAUUAUGUAUCCAGAUGUUUUGAAGGCUUUGUUUCAAGCUACUUUAGCUGAUGUGCAUGAACUCCCUGCGUUUGAGUGUGUUUCCAUCUCUCAACAAGUACUUGAUACACCUUCCUCUGAAGAAGUAGAUAUUGGUUCCAAUUUGAGUGACAUCAAUUGGUUAACAGAGCAGUAUCAUUUUGUUGACAGGCGCAUACGAGAAUGUCAAAGAUGUAUCCGGCGAAAGACGACAGUCAGGACCGCAACACCCCUUGUCUCUGUUGAAUCGACUUUUCCAUUAGAAUUUGUCUGUAUGGACUAUUUAUCCCUUGAAAUGUCUUCCGGUGGGUAUGAGCAUAUACUGGUCAUUACCGACCAUUUCACUCGUUAUGCUCAGGCUAUACCCACUCGGAAUCAGACAGCUCACACUACGGCCAAAAUCCUUUUCGAACAGUUCAUCUGUCAUUACGGAUUUCCCAGCCGCUUACACAGUGACCAAGGUCGCAAUUUUGAAAGUGCUGUUAUACUUGAACUGUGUAAGUUGGCUAACAUUGAAAAGAGUAGAACCACCCCAUAUCACCCACAAGGUAACGGUAUGGCGGAGCGGUUCAACCAAACCCUGUUAAAUAUGUUGGGAACUCUUGAGGAUUCUCAGAAGUCCAAUUGGAAGGCUCAUGUACCACCUUUGGUACAUGCUAACAAUUCGACUAGGCAUGAAAGUACCGGGUUAACACCUCACUUUCUAAUGUUUGGUAGACAUCCACGCCUAGCAAUUGAUGCCUUCCUUGGCAUUGAACCUGAAGAUUCUGAAAAAUUCAGGAAUCAUUCCAACUAUGUCAUGGGACUACAGAAACGCCUGAGUUACGCCUAUAAAGUAGCCAGCCGUGAGUCUAAGCGGCAGUCCCGCCGCCAUAAGCGACGAUAUGAUCUUAGGGUAAGACAUGCCAAAAUUGAGCCAGGUGACAGAGUUCUAGUCAGAAACGUUGGCCUAAAGGGUAUAGAUUCAGACGUUAACACACUGAUUCGUAAACAUCUUGAUAUAAUUAUAUACAAGAAAAAUGCACAGUUGAAAAAGUUGGAAGAAAGAAACAAACACAAAGCUAAAGAUGUUGAUGAAAAUAUCAAAAGACUUAAUAAAACGUAUGCCUACUUAUCUGCUAGAAUAGAUUGCAAUGGAAAAUCAAGGCAUAGCUUUGAAAAGUCCUGCUUCUAUGUUGGAAAUGACGUUCUCCUGACCUGGAUCCAGGCAAACGAAAAAUGCCAACAGCUGAAUGCUACCCUGGCUGAAGUUGAAACCAAAGAAGAGAAUGUUUAA